GUAAUGGAGGCAUGUAGACAAAUACAGCUGGAGAGAGAUACAUUUGCUGAGAUUCUUAAAGGAGAGAGAGUCACGUGGCAGCAGAGGAUGAAUCAGAUGUCGGAGCAAAUGCGCACACUGAGGGAGAAGAAGGAGUGUAUUAUGAAUCGGUUACAGGAGAUGGAGACAAGCUUGGUGGAAUUGAGAAAACAGAUGACUGAACUCCCAGCCCUGGCACCCCUAGCAAGGCCCUCCGAGGUGGAGCAGCAGCUACCAGAGGAGGCUGAGCACCUCAGGGAGGAGCUGGAGAGUCUGGCAGGACAGCUCCAAGCCCAGGUACAGGACAAUGAGGGCUUGAGUCACCUGAACUGGGAGCAGGAGGAGCUGGAGCGGGUGGCUGAGCCCUUGGGGAAGCAAGUGGAGGAGUGCAGACGAAUCCUACAGACCAGGGACCACACUGCUGUCAGCCACACGCUCUCCCAGACCUGUGAGGUCAAGGAAAAGCUGGCUGAGCUGCAGAUUGCCUUCAUAAAGCUGGUCUUCCUGCAGGUAGAGGUGAAAAGCCAAGAGCCUCAGAGUGUGCAGCAGCAGCAAGACCAGUCCCUGGGUCACCUGCAGCAGUACGUGGCUGCCUGUCAGCAGCUGAGCUCUGAGAUGGAGACACUGCACAGACAGUUACUGCUGCAGACCCAGCUCAUGGACCAGCUGCAGCAGCAGGAAGCGAUGGCCGAGAUGGCCCACCAAGAGUUGGGGGGGCCCAGUUGAGCACCUGGAAGCUGCCAGCCAGAGAACCAGCAGCUACAGGCCCAGCUGAGCCUCAUGACUCUCCCUGGGGAAGGUAUGGGGGACCACUCAGAGGAAGAGGAGGGAAAGGAGGAGAAGGAGGAGGAGGCACCUUGGCCCAUGCCGAGCAUCCUGCAGGACCUGGAAAGCCAGGAGUCCAUGGUGGCAUUUUUAACAUCAGCUGUAGCCAGUGCAGACAGGGAGCAGGCUCGGCUCCGUGGGCAGCUGAAGGAGCCUGCUUCUGGGCCCAUGCCAACAGCCCAGAAGCAGCCAGAAGCAGCAGCCCCAGCCCCAGGGACUGGGAUCGAUUCUGUGUGUGGGGAGACCCACCGGGCCCUGCAGGGGGCCAUGGAGAAACUGCAGAGCUGCUUUAUGCAGCUGACGCAGGAAAAGGUGGACCUGAAGGAGCGGGUGGAGGAGCUGGAACAUCGCUGCAUCCAGCUCUCUGGAGAGACAGACACCAUCGGUGAGACUACACCGCCCUCUCUCAGCCAGGGGGCAGCGCUGAAGGAGCAGCACCGAGAGGAGGAGGAGCACAUCCACAGGCUAGCCCAGGACAAGGAGGAGAUCAAGGUGAAGCUGCUGGAGCUGCAGGAGCUGGUGUUGCGGCUUGUGGGCAACAGGAACGAGGGCCAUGGCAGAUUCCUGGCAGCUGCUCAUGAGCCAGCUCCAGGGGCCCCAGCCCCCCGGAGCUCAGGGCUAGCAAGGGAGGCUGGCAGUGUGCUCAGAGCCCUCCUCCCUCUCUCCAAACAUCUUUGCCAGGUGAGCCUCACCGGCAGCGUGGAGCCUGCACAAGGAGAGGCCGGGGAGGGUUCUCCCCGCGACAACCCCACUGCACUGCAGAUCAUGCAGCUGUUUGGUGAGAUGCAGAACGCUCAGGAGCGCCCAGGCUUGGGCAGCAUCCCCUGCAUUCUGUUUUUCUACCAGGCUGACAAGAACCAUGAGGUAAAAUUACCCUCAUCGGAAAGCCAGUUGCCUUCAGCAAAGCCAGGAGAAGGGGGGCUGGAGGCCCCGCCCCCACCAUGUCCCUCCUACCCCUUUCCAGUCACCCCUUUACCCUUAGAGUAA